GGUUUGUUUUUGUUUUUUGUCUGUUCUGUUGCGAGUAAAACGCUGUAUGAUAAUAGAUUUUGUAUUUAAAAUACAUACCUUUAAGAAAUUAUCCUUUUGUUCGGCGUUCAUGUGUCGAAUUCAUAUUCACGACUCUUAAAAAAAGAACUCAAUGAAAUGCAUUAUUGAACUACACCAAUAAGUCCUAAAUACCAAAAAUACUUCCGAGUUAGACAUCCACUUUGCUACUUUGCAUCAAUGAUUUGCCACUCCAAGCAGGACUUUCAACUCUUGCAGCUGAUUGGAGUGGGGCCUCCACUUAGUACCAACCCUGGGCCCCUCUUUGGAUUGACUUGUGUUGCCCUGCCAAAAACAUUAUCUUUAGAAGAACAUAUAUUUUGAAAUAUAUAAGCCAAGGUUUCCAGUCCUUGGCCCAAUAAAGAAGGUUCAAGAUGCCACCUUCAUCAGGUGAAUUAUGGGGGCAUCAUCUGAUGCCUCCAACCAUCACAAUUGACUGCCUAAUGCCUACAGGAAUUAUUAUUCCACUAACAUGUGUUCGAGAUGCCACUUUAGAAACUGUCAAAAGUGACUUAUGGCAUGAAGCAAAGCGUUAUCCUUUAUUUCACAAACUAGGGGAACAAUGUUCAUAUAUUUUUGUUUCAAUCACUCAAGAUGCUGAAAAGGAAGAGUUUUAUGAUGAAUCUCGUCGUCUCUGUGAUUUGCGCCUCUUUCAGCCUAUACUUAAAGUGGUUGAACCUAAAGGCAACAAGGAAGAAAAGAUGCUAAACUCUGAAAUAGGUUUAGCCAUUGGAAUGCCUGUUCAUGAAUUUGAUGAAAUGAAGGACGCUGAGGUGAUAGAGUUUCGUCGCAGUAUUUUAAGUGUUUGUAAGGAAGCUGUUGAAGCUCGUGAUUCAGGAGCUGAAGACAAACUUGCAUCUUAUGUUUAUCCACCUGAAAUUGAAAAUUCUAGAGAAUUGCCACCAAAUCUUGAAAAAAAGCUUGAUAAAGGAUUGGUAAUAGUCUGUGUGUGGGUCCUCUCUCCUACUGGCGAGAAACAGAAGUACACGGUCAAAGUUUCUAAAGAUGCUUAUCCUGAAAGUGUCACGCAGGAAGCUAUAUUGAAAAAACUGAAGUGUAUGAAAAUGACAAAAGAACAACAGCAACUUUGUGCUCGUGAGCAUCAACACAGCUACCUGUUAAAAGUCUGUGGAAUUGAUCAAUAUUUGUUGGAAAGAUUUCCAAUCUCACAGUAUAAAUAUGUCAGGAACUGCAUAGCCAAAGGGGAAAUUCCUCAACUGAUGCUAAUGUCCAAGGAAGGUGUUUGUAACUCUUUACCUCAUUGUGAAUUCCACAUGCCUUCUUUCCUUCGACGACCCCCACCAGCUCCAGCAAAUGAAGAAACUAUGUCUCUUUGGAAUGUUGAUGCCAUGUUACGAAUAAGGAUCUUGUGGGCAACCUAUGUCAAUGUUCGAGACGUUGACAAAAUCUAUGUGAAAACUGGGAUUUUCCAUGGAACAGAACCACUUUGCCAAACUAGAGAUACAUCCCAAGUUGUGUUUUCUAACCCAAAAUGGGAAGAAUGGUUGGAAUAUGACCUCUUUGUUCCUGACAUUCCACGUAGUGCUAGACUUUGUCUGUCAGUCUGUUCAGUUUCUCGUAGAAAACGCAGGGAGGAACACUGCGCCAUUGCCUGGGGCAACAUUAAUUUGUUUGACUAUAGAGAGAAACUUCUAACUGAUCGAGUCAGUGUUCAUUUGUGGGCAAUGCCCAAAGGAAUGGAUGAAUUAUUGAACCCUAUUGAUACUACAGGUUCUAACCCAAACAAAGAUUCCCCUUGCUUAGAACUCGAGUUUGACAGGUUUGGAAGCACAGUUGUUUUUCCAUCCAUGGAGGAAGUCGAAGAUUUUGCCAUUUUUGUUUCAAAACUUGAUAGAGAAGAACGGAAGCCUGCAGAUAUAUCUGAUAUCGACAUGCUGAAAGAAAUAAUAGAAAGGGAUCCUUUAUCUGAUAUAUCUGAGCAAGAAAAGGAAUUACUUUGGAGACUGCGAAAAGAGUGCCUCACCAUUCCAGAUUCAUUACCGAAGCUCCUGGAAGCUGUAAAAUGGAAUAGCAGAGAUGAAGUUUCUCAGGUGUACAUCCUUUUCAAAGAAUGGCCUCAAGUGUCUCCUGAAGUAGCUCUUGAGCUUCUUGACUGCAAAUAUGCCGACAAAGUUGUACGUGAACAUGCUGUUUUGUGGCUGGAUUCUAGUCUCACAGAUGAUCUUAUGUCACAGUAUUUGCUGCAAUUAGUUCAGGUACUGAAAUAUGAAUCGUAUUUGGACAACAAUCUUGCGAAGCUGUUGAUCCGAAGAGCACUUUCCAACCGCAAGAUUGGACACUUCUUUUUCUGGCAUUUGAAAUCAGAAAUGCAUGAUCCUGCCGUUGCUACAAGAUUUGGGCUAAUGCUAGAAGCAUACUGCCGUGGCGUUGGAUCACAUCUGAAAUCUAUUGUCAGACAAGUAGAAGCACUUGAAAAAUUAACAAAAUUGACGGGCAUACUGAGGGAGAGAAAAGAUGACACGCAAAAAGAAAGGCUCAAAUUUCUGUAUGAACAAGUUCAACAAGCUGAUUAUUUGGAGGCUUUGCAAAAUUUUCCAUCACCAUUGAACAAUAACCAUGUUCUGGGAAACCUCAUGUUAGUAUAUGUAUGCAACUUUAUUUAG